CUCUGCAUCACACCGCCUUCUUUAUAAAUUUAGAGCUGAGAAUUCGAUUCGGUCGUCAAUCUAAUCGAUCUAUUUAGUAAUACUUUGUAUUUGUGUCUGUAAGACGAGACUACACACAUUAUUAUUUUUGAAACAUCUGCUUGGUCUUUAUUUGAGUGGUGUGGAAUAUGGGUGUCAUGGCUCUUUUAGAAAGUUUGAAGGAGGCAGCAGCAACUAUUCGCCGGCCCAAGAAACUUAAGCAAUUUCAGACGGUUGAGUUGAGAGUUCGUAUGGACUGCGAGGGGUGCGAGAGAAUAGUGAGGAAGUCGGUAGAAAAUAUGAAAGGCGUGACAUCGGUGGAAGUGGAUAGAAAGCAAUUCAAAGUGACAGUAACGGGGUACGUGGAUGCGAAUAAGGUGUUGAAGAGGGUGAGAAGAAAAACGGGGAAAAAGGCAGAGAUGUGGCCAUACAAGCCCUACAAUCUGGUUUCCCAACCAUAUGCUCCUCAAGUCUAUGAUAAAAAAGCUCCUGCCGGUUAUGUAAGGAACGCGGAACCCACCUUCCCCAAUCCUGACAAAACUGAGGAAAAAUACACCCAUGUCUUCAGCGACGACAAUCCACACGCCUGUUCAAUCAUGUAGAUUUUGAUGCUCUGCUCUCUUCUGUUCAAUUAUGUAUUACUGUUCCAAUUCAAUUCAUUGUUUUCAAUCUGUUACUCUGUUCCAGCUCUACCAUGACAAGGGAGGCAAACAGUUACAUAGGAUAAGAUGGGUUUGUUUCUUGUGGGGGGGCUAAGCUGUAAGAAACGGACUAACAGUGAGAAGAAAAGAGCGAUGGAAGUGGCGAGUGACUCCUGGCGAGCUUGGUAAAGCCAGAUGUCUUUUGCUGCCGGAGAGUUUGCUAUUGUAUAUGCAAGAUGUAAAGUGGUAAAAAAUUGUAAAUUUCACACAAUUUUAUCUAGACAUUUCUUUAAUUUUA